CUGGCAAGAACAGAGUGCUUUAUAGUGAGAUUCCCGGCCCAGCGAUGCACGGUGCAGUGAACAUAACCAAUUGGCCACAUAUAUUACUCGCCGUGCCAGUUGAUUGUAGCUAGUCAUUCUCCUGUAUACGAUCUACUACAAUUACAAGCAAUACUGGCACUCCUACUAUUUGAUCACUUCUUUACAAGUGCAUUAGCCUGCUUCAUUUGAAGUGCUUUCCGUUUAUAGUUGGUUUGCCAUAAUUCACUGUGGCAUACGAAAUCUCUGGGAUCUGAAAUCUUCUGCGAAAAUCGUUUUGGGCGUUCAACAUGAACGGGACAACAAAUGGAACCGAUAUUACACUGACGGGCGAUCCCGAUGUCGAUCGUUACGUAACUGUGUCUUACUUAAAGAUGAAGAGACCCGCCUAUAUUGAAGUAGUCUCUAGUAACCAAGACGAGGAUGGUACCGACUCACCGCAAAAGCCUCGAUCCCGAAGUUUCAUCUUCGGUCGAUCUUUCAGUACGGACGAGAACGACAACAACGGCCAGUCCAAACUCGGACCCAUCGCCCCUUCCAUCGUUGCAAUCCAAAACCAGUCUCUGUCGUCGUCCCUCCCCGAGCUUGUCUCUCACGAGCCCGAGCCCGCUGUGGACGUCGCUAUCGUGGGCGCUGGGUUGUCCGGUCUGACGGCCGCCUACCAGAUCAGACAAGCGCAACCGGACCUCAGCUUGGUCGUUCUCGAAGCUAAAGAAAAUGUGGGUGGUAGGACAUAUUCACCCAUGCUAAACACGGCCACAGGGACUCGACGAUUCGACCUCGGAGACCAGUGGGUCAAUACAGACCAGAGAACUAUUCUUGAACUUCUGGACAAACUGAAUUUGGAGACCUAUCCGGAAUACAAGGAGGGCAAGAACAUCUUGAUUCAUGCUGACGGAGAAUCGGAAGAAUUUGAGGGGAAUAUUUACCCCAUCAACCCUUUCAGACGUUUGGACAUCAGUUCAUUUGUAUCCAGGAUAGAGAGUAUGAGGGAAGACCUCUCUAAGAAGGACCCUACAGAUCUAAGCGAGUCUUUGGAAUGGGACUCCAUCACUUUGGAACAGUUCAAGAAAGAACACAUCUGGACGGAUGAAGCCCGACAGGUCUUCGAUGCCCUUGUCGUCUUCCACUUCGGAGUCACGCCAAGAGAGAUGUCCCUUCUCUUCUUCUGCCAUGUUCUUAACAGUGUCGGAGGUUGGAAGGUGCUCUUCGGAGAGAAUCAAGAGUUCCCCGUAUCAAGGCAACUCAAAAUCAAGGGAGGAGCUCAGCAGGUCUGUGAAAACCUGGCCACCGAGAUCGACCGCGCCAACAUCCGGCUGAACGACCCAGUCACGAUCAUCGACCAGACUGAUGACGAGCUCGUCAACAUCACUACCGACAGUGGAUGUCGAUACAGGGCCAAGAGGGUCAUCAUGGCCACCUCAGUGGACAACUCAGUUCGUAUCCAGCAUAAACCUAGCUUUCCACCGAAGAGAUCUCGUAUGACGAAAUUGAUGCCGGCUGGACAUUGUAUCAAAUAUGUCGUCACAUACGAAAAUGCAUUCUGGAGAAAGGAUGGGAUGAGCGGUCACGUGAUCAAGUUGACGGACGAGGAGCAGGCCUUCGACAACAAUGACGACCUCAUGACGUACGAGUACGUGUUCGACGCCUGCUCCUGCAACAGGAAUCCGAACGUGACAGCGCCCGAGAACCCCGCAUUGAUGGGGAUGAUCUUUUCCGAGUCGUUGAGACAACUCACGAAGGUGGAAAGAAAGAAAAUAUUGCUGAAGAAGCUGGCUGAGAUCUAUGGAGACGAAGCUCUCAAGACCAUCGAUUAUGCAGAAAUGGACUGGGGUUUGGAUCGGUACACAAAUGGCUACCCAUUCAGUUCAAUGAUGCCCGGUGCAAUGGUCUACCAUGCUAAAGGAAUCAAGAAACCGCAUGGAAGAAUUCAUUGGUGUGGGGCUGAGAUGUCAUCUUCAUGGUAUGGAUACAUGGAGGGCUCUGUUAAGUCGGGAAAACGAGUAGCGAGCGAAGUCAGGAAAGCACUCAACACCAAAAUAACCGCAGAAAAGCAAACACAACAGCCAGUGGAAAUUGAUUGAUCCCUUUCCAACGAGGAUAUGAAUUACAUCGAUUGGAUUUCAACUUUACUCAGUCUUGUGUAUUUUGUUUGCAAAAUGCGCUUUGCAGAAUACUACAUAAAGCAUCGAAGAAUUAAAGUAAAUAUGUGGGCUUCCAAAAAUAUUUUAACCUAAAAACAUAGAUGUCAGUAUAUUAUUCUAUUUCUUGGGCCUUGAUCUUGCUAUUGUUAUACUUUUCUAACUUUCAUUUUCAAAUCCUGUUUUGGAGAACAGUAUAGAUUAACAACUGCGGAUAUUUGUUUAAAGGGCAUAUCAUACUAUUUAAUUCGUGUAAGUACAAUUUAUAUAUUCCGGAAGAAAUGCAAAUACAAUGAAAGUUGUUUAUCAUGAGGCUGAGAAAUCAUGGGAUUAGGCCUACUGAUAUAAUUCAUAAUGUUAAAGGUAUUACAAAGUUUUG